GCAUACUAAAAUAUUCUACCUUCAAUAUUUAGGCACUUCCAUUGACAACCGUUAAGAGGCAAGCCCGAAACCAUUUUCCAAAGAUUAUGUCAUACCCUAGUCUGCGCCUCUUUGAUUGCAAGGAUAAUCCCCCGUCAGCUUCCCCUGCUCAUCCACAAAACCUCCAAUUACACACACAUCAAUCCCAUAAAUGGACAACUAUUGUAUCUAUUCGAUCCUCGGUGCCAAUCCCCAUUCCCCCACCCCCCAUUCCAAUCUCAAGAUCCAUAGGCGAAGACGAAGACCUAACCCUACCUGCUGCUAUCGCCAAAAAGUGAUCAACCCAAAGCCAGGUGAUCAUCGCGUCGCCCACAAAAUUGCUGCCCGAAAUAAGAUAUCUGCACGUAGCUGUAAUUUAAAACUCCGCCGAGCCAAAUGAAAAAAAAAGAAAAAAUUAAAGAAGAACAACAGACGUCUCGAGCCCCUUUGGGCAGCAACAACAACAGUCCCACAAACACAUUAUCCUACAGCAAUAAUUUCUCUUUUCCCGGCGAACAAUGCAGAGGAACCAGAACUGAACUGUACACCCAGCGGAAAAAUGUGCCGUGAAAUUGGGGAAGAAAUUUCUAAGAUAACCACAGAAGUUCGAAUAAUGACAAAGAGUAAUGACAACAAAGGUCUACAAGAAUACGAACUAAAUACCUUUAGUAUAAUCAUGUAGUUUUUAAAUCAACUCUGAAACCAUGCUAUAGGUAUGCCAAGUAAGUGCUUACUUGGAUAUAAUUAAUAUUUGAAGUUCAUUUGUUUUGCAUCCUACAACUUGCUAUUUUCAAAAUAUGUUUCCUUUUUUUUUUGACUGCAAGGAAAUGGAGAUAUGUCAUUUGCCCGGCUGCAGAACGAACCGAAAUCGAAGAAGCCGGCAGAGAAAUGAAGAUCGAUGCCACAGGGUAGUCCCUCUCUCUCCGCUCCCCUCACGAUUCCUAUACCGAUCCCUAUUGCGAUCCCGAUCCCAAAUGCUCUCCCUUUUCCCUCUCUGCUGCUUGAGCAACAUGUGCGCCGCUUUGUAACGCCAAUUAUGGUCCCAUAAUUCCAGGGCAUUGUCUGUUUCUGUGGGAGCACAAAAGAUGCGCUCCGGGAAUCGGAAUCGGAAUGGGAAUGGGAAUGGGAAUGGGCAUUACAAGAUACAAGAUCGCUUCGCGGCGAGAGAACGUUCUCAGCGAUGCGUAUCCGAGCGGCAAAUGAGCAAGGAGAGAGCAGUGAUCGAGAUCUUGGCCAGGUAGAUUUGGUAGAUUUACACUCCGGAUCGGAUCGACUCGACUCGGUUCAGUUCGGUUCUCUCUUGAGUGGAAUGGAGUUGAACUCGGGGAGCUGGCUCGGCUUGACCGCUCGACGAUCGGCCGCUCAAAUCAGUUUGUGUGUAGACUCAGACGUCGACGGACGUGUGCGUUCGUUAAAAGAAAGCGGAGACUAAGAACGAUCCACGAGAUACAGAUACAGAUACCGAUACCGAUAGCGCAGCAGUGAAAGUGUGCCGAGCUGAGAUAUAGAUACAGAUAGAGAUUACACCCGCCAGUCGACCGAUAUAAAAGUAAACCAUGGAGGGAUUGCCGCGCGCAUUAAACUACGAACUCUCGCACGAUUUGCAUUUCGAUCAUUACGCCGGUGCCGCAGCUCAGAAGAUUCUGAACAGCGGGAGAAGUACUCCUGAAGCCUCCACGCCGACCAUCACCACAUUGGAUGCCAUUUCCAGCAGUGAUUUCCUGAAACAGAUUGGCCAGCAGAUCCUCAGCUCCAUUCAACUGAAACAUCAGCACCAGCUCAACGAAGUCAGCCAUCCGAAGAAUUCCACCAGCGAGGAGAUCAUGGAUUUCGAUCUGGCCAACCGGGUGAUUCUGGACAGCAGCAGUGUGGAUCAGCUGCAGCAGCAGUUGGAGUACGAUAAGUUCAUGAACGAGGUGUGGAUCGGCAUCGUCUUCACCCUGAUCCUCAUCUCGAUGGUCUUCUGCAUCUGCUCCUGCUUCCUGUACCAUCAGUUCCGCACCUGGAAACGCAAUUAUCGCAACAAUGCAAAUGGCUCGACGCAGUGCACCAUUGUGGACAUAGAGGCGUUGAAACUGCAUCCGGAUGUGGAGGAUCCGGUGCCGGAAUACACCCUAGUAUCUGGAUUGCCUAGCUAUGAGGCGGCUCUGAAGCUGCUCCAAAAAUCCCCGCAGUCAUCCUGCCUGAUUGUCUACCCAAGUGUGUUUAAUGUGUUCAACAAGCAGGAGAGGAGCAGCCAGGAGCUGCUGCAUCCAGGAGCUGCAACACCAGCACCUCCAGCCGCACUCGAGAAUCAGCGGGCACCGCAGCCACCUUCGUUUUGUGAGGCCACCAUGCCGCUGCUCCCAGCAACAACAGCAGCAGCCACUCACGCAGCAGCAACAGCAACAGCAGCAACAACAACAGCAACAUCUGCAACACUGGCAACUUCGCCCACGUGCGAGGCGAUUAAGCCAAACUUUGUGAUGAUGCCAAUUGUGCCCAGUUAUGCGGAGGUAUUCGGCAGCUCGUACAAAACCGUCGACGAGAAAAAGAAAUCGAAGUCGAAAGACAGCCAGGUGAAAGACGAUAUCAAGCGGUAAAGGCAAGGGUAAAGCUAAAAGUAAAGGCAAAGGCAGAGGUAGAGCCAAUACCGGAUGCGGAUACCUAGCCACCACGCAACUGAGCUCUGUGAUAUUUUCAUGUUCAUGCUGGAAAGACAUACCCAUAUGUAAUUAAACUAAGCGCUGUGAUUAUCAAAAAGACGUUACUAAACAUACUACUCGCUACUAAAUGUGUUAGCUAGAUAGUUACGCCACAUUGUACUUAAUGAUUUCGUAUCCAGUACUUAUGGAAACGCAAAGAUGCAAAUUGUUACUAGACUUAAGUAGGCCACAAACUAAAUAUUAAUAAAUUAUACACCUAACAAUUUAAA